GGCCGGGGAUCCUCCUCCAGUCCAGUGAAACAGCUGCUGGGGUUUUGAGAGCAGCAGCGCAGGAAAAUCCCUCAUGUCUCACUCUUUCUUCUUCUUCUUCUCAUUCUUCUUCUCCCCGCUGCUGGAAUUCCAUCAUGUGCCUUACCGGAAAGGAGAGAACCUGAGCGCGUGAAGAACAUUCAGGACCGAAAACGGACGGAACCGGAACACCGACAAGCCGCGCGCUCGCGUGUGUGUGUAUGUGUAUGUGUGUGUCUGCGCGCGUGUUUGUGUUCAUGUGUGUGAGCUAUUAAUCAUAUUUAUUGCACUGCUGAGAAUCUGAUAAUGCGUGGGAAGUGAAUCCGCAGCUGUGUGUCUGAUGAGAUGAACGGAAACGAACCCAUUUUGGAAUAAUCUGGGAAUAUUCGGGGCCGUUCUGAGGGGGGAAGUGUGCUGUUCACCCAGAGAGCCUGAAGGAAUUCUGGGAGUCUCCACAGAUCAUUUUCAUUUCUCAGAGUCCCUCCAGUUUACCCAGGAGCUUUGGAAUCAUCUCUACCAUGAGGAUCAUCUCUGCUUUGUGCUGCCUGGUUCUGCUUCCCACAGCGUUCACACUGGCGCUCCUCCAAGACCCGAGACUGUUAAACGGAACCGGGGAUCACCCGGAGAGCUACCUGCACAUUGGAGACGGAUCAUCUCUGGAGUUUGAAUUUCCUGAAAACACAAAAGGCGUGAUCGUGAUCUCGAGCCGGCGGCGGAGCUGGAGGCAGACGGUGCGAGUGCUCUCCUUAGAACCGGAUGUGCUCUCCAUCCUGAAUGUCAGCGACAGUGAUGGCGGGCGAGCUGGCCCAGUGAACAGCUACGUCAUCAGCAUCCGCUCCGGAUUCCCCGGAACGGCUCCCUUACUGGUCCAGCUGCUGGACCUGGAGCCCAGCUCUGAGCCGGUUCUGAUCGAAGAGCGGAGGGAUUAUUCUAUCCGGGUGGCUCCAGGUGUCGAUGGAGACGGAGACAUUUCUGCGCAGCUCGCUCACUUCUCAGAGAACCCGGUUUUGUUCGCUCUGCUGCCCCUCAUCUUCAUCAACAAGUGUGCGUUCGGCUGUAAGGUGGAGGUGGAGGUUCUGUGUGAGCUCCUGCGACGGCCCAUCCCGCUCCUCCUCGGGAUCAUGGGACAGUUCCUGGUGAUGCCACUGUACGCGUACGGAGUGUCCCAGCUGGCCGGGCUGCCCAAAGCGCUCGCUCUGGGUCUGGUCAUCACGUGUUCGGCGCCGGGCGGGGGAGGCGGCUACCUUUACAGCCUGUUAUUGGGCGGAGACGUGACCCUGGCCAUCUGCAUGACCCUAGUGUCCACCGUGUUUGCGACAGCGGCCAUGCCUCUAUCAUCUGCACUGUAUGGACGGUUGCUCGGCGUCCACGCCGCCCUCCACGUGCCGUUUGUGAAGAUCCUUGGCACCCUGCUGUUCAUCGCCAUCCCCAUCUCUCUGGGCGUGUGCGUGAAGCUGCGGCUGCCAGCGCUCACUCAGGUGCUCCUCGCCCUCAUACGCCCCUUCAGCUUCUUGCUCAUCGUAGGCGGGGUCUUCAUGGCAUAUCAGAUGGGCGCCUCCAUCCUGGCUGAUGUGCAGCUCUGCAUCGUGUUCGUGGGUGUCACGGUGCCGGUCCUGGGCCUGCUGGUGGGCUUGGGGCUGGCACAUAUGGCCGGACUCGCUGUGCCGCAGAGGAGGACGGUGGCGAUUGAAGUGGGUGUCCAGAACAGCCUGCUCGCCCUCGCCGUCAUGCAGCUGUCGUUCCGACGCGCGGAGGCGGACUUCGCAUCUCAGGCGCCGUUCAUCGUUGCGCUCAGCAGCACCAGCGAGAUGCUCCUGAUUGUCAUCGCACAUCUCAUAUACAGACGACUCUGCCACAAGGACAAAAAUGAUCCUGAGACCUAACACACACACCCACACACACACACACACUGAAACCAAAGACAUUCCUUUUUCUAAUCACAGAAUGAAUCUUAUGUAAGAGAUUUGUGAUAUUUUUCUAGCACAUUUGUUUGUUUUGUACAUUUGUAUCCUGUUUACAAAUUUGUAUGUGUGUGUGUGUGUGUUGAGCUCUUGUUUGUCUCUGAGGAUAUAUGUACUUGAAUUUUUUGUGUGUCUGUGUGUGUGUGUGUGUGAGAGAGAGAGAGAAAGUGAAGUGAAUAAACCCACUUUGAAAGGGA